UCUAAUAUCUAAAUAACAUCUUUUUACUCAGUGCAAAACAUGUCCCAUCCACGAAGGAAGACAGCUACUUUAGUCUUUAUUGACGAUAUUCAACCAGAGAACAAUAGUUACAAAUUAAAGGUGCAGGUUAUGAAAUUGUGGAAGCUAUGGAGAUCAAAAAAAGUUGUCUCCAUUGAGAUGGUUCUUGUGGAUGCAACUGGAACAAGGAUACAUGCAUCCAUUGAUGAGGAUUUGAUACAAAUAUAUGAAGGAAAAGUGUCUGAGGGUAUCUUUAAGUACAUUACAAAGGGACCAGAUUAUGUUAGAGCUUCGGUCCAAGGGGAUGAUACAGAUGAUACUAUCGACGAUGAGAUACAGAAGUUCCUUAGUUGCAGGUAUAUUUCAGCGUGUGAAGCAACUUGGAGAAUACUAGCUUUUCCUACGCAUUACCGAACAACCACAGUAGUUAAGCUUUCCUUCCAUUUACCUAAUCAGCAAAUGGCAAUUUAUAAUGAAGAUGACCCUAUUGAUGAUGUUUUAAAUCGUUCUGCGGUAUUGCGGUCAAAGUUUCUAGCAUGGAUGGAGGCGAACUGUAAAUAUCCGGAAGCAAGAGGUCUAACGUAUGCGGAAUUCCCCACAAGGUUUGUUUGGGUACAAAAGACGAGAGAGUGGAAGCCACGUGACAAAGGUUUUGCAAUAGGAAGGAUUACAUAUGUUCCACCUAAAUAUGUUACAUAUUAAAGAUGUAUUUUUUUGUUUUUUCUAUGAAAAAAUUGUAAACUUCAAGAAAAUUAAUUGAU